UUUCAGGAUUCACCAAAUGAACUUACAUUUCAGUUCCGCCAUGAUAUUAUAGAGGUUAUAGUUUUACAUUUCAAAAAUAUAAUAGUAGUAAAAUAGUUUAGGUUCUCACCAUUUUACACACAAAAAAAAAUUUGUCGCUUACUAAUAUUAGUAAUUUAAUUAUUUCAUUAUAAUAAAUGUAACUUUUAUUUCAAAGCUCGGGGAGUAUUACUAUGUAUUUAGGCCAAGCUUUCUUCCUCAAUAAAGUUAAGAUAAAAUAUGAAAUGAACCACUGAACCUUGAAAAUGUGGCACACACCAAACUCACUCCAUUUUCUGGGGAAGUCUUUCCAACCAGUCAAAAAUAUCAUCCAUGGGAUCCUCUCCUCUUCUCUAUUUUAAUCAAAAUUUCAUCCAUAUAUACACGUGAUUUCAGUCCGUGUACCUUCAAUUAAAGCAAGAAAAAGAAAAAGCCAAAAAAAAAACAAACAAACAAACAACCACCAUGGAAGAAGAAGCUCAAGUCAGCAACACCUUGAGAAAAGCCCUCCUCAUAGUUAACUGUUUCAUACUAGCCAUCGGAAACUGUGGUGGCCCUUUAAUCAUGCGGCUUUAUUUCGUCAAAGGCGGCAAGAGAAUCUGGUUUUCGAGCUGGCUCGAAACCGGAGGAUGGCCAAUCAAUUUCAUCCCAUUACUAAUCUCUUAUUUCUAUCGCCGGAAAAAACAAGGCCCGAACACAAAGCUCAUCCUCAUGAAUUACCGUAUCUUCAUCGCCAGCGCCGUCAUUGGGGUGCUCACCGGCUUAGACGACUACUUGUACGCUUACGGUGUCGCGAAACUCCCCGUCUCCACUUCGGCGAUUGUGAUCGCGUCCCAACUGGGAUUUACUGCCUUGUUCGCUUUCUUUCUUGUGAAACAAAAGUUUAACGCCUUUUCAAUCAACUCCAUAGUUUUGUUGACUCUGGGUUCCGGGGUUCUGGCACUGCACACUAGUAGUGACCGGCCGGAAGGCGAGUCGAGUAAGAUGUACAUUAUGGGGUUCCUCAUGACGCUUGCGGCAGCAGCUUUGUACGGGUUGAUUUUGCCUAUGGUGGAGUUGAUGUACAUGAAGGCUAAGCAAGCUAUUACUUACACGUUGGUGCUCGAAAUUCAGCUGGUCAUGUGCUUGUUUGCCACUGCUUUUUGCACUGUUGGGAUGAUCGUGAACCGCGAUUUUCAGGCAAUUCCACGAGAAGCAAAAGCAUAUGAGCUUGGAGAGAAGAAAUACUACUUAGUGGUGGUAUGGAGUGGCAUAAUUUGGCAAUUCUUUUUCUUGGGAGCCAUUGGUGUAAUUGCUUGUGCAUCAUCGUUGCUAUCCGGAAUCAUGAUCGCGGUGUUGCUUCCGGUGACCGAAGUUUUUGCCGUUAUUUUCUUCAGCGAGAAAUUUCAGGCAGAAAAAGGAGUGGCACUUGUCCUCUCCCUUUGGGGUUUCGUUUCUUACUUUUACGGCGAAAUCAAACUCGAGAAGAAGAGGAAAAAGAAAAUGUCAACAAAUGAUGAAAAGAAUCCCCCUUCCAAUGAACCAGCUGAGCUGAUGAUGACUCCACAUGUUGCCCCACAAAAUUGUUAGUAAAACAACAAAUCUUUAUUUUAAUGAGUAGCUUAUAAAAUCUAGUAGAAAUUAGAACUUUAGUAGAACCCCUUAAUUUUCUCAAUGAAAAUUAUUUACUUUAAAGAAGUUUUAUCGCAUUUCCCCGUAUGAGCCCUUCAAAUUAAGUCCAUGAUUAGUUGCACUUGCGCAAGGAUCAGUCAAUGAAGCAACAAUUUAAAUGAAACUCAAAGAACAAAAGCCUUCAGCUUGGGAACAAGCAUGACUUCCUCCUGUCACGAUUUGUACAUUAGCAUAGUAAUUUAUGUUUUAAGUUUUCCAAAUUGUCCAUAAUUGAUACGAUCA